UCUCUCUCCAUCUCUCUUGUUUUUGUUCUAAUUUCUUCUUUAAUUUAUUUCCUUUUGCGUCAUUCCUUUACCCAUUCUUUCUUUCUUUCUUCCCUCCCCACUAUCGUGUGUCAGUGAACAGUGAAGUGACUUUAACUCUAAUAGAAGCAGAAGAAAACAGUGAAAAAAAAGACAAUGUAAACAUAAAUGAACGUGAUAACAACAGUGAGUAAAAAUAAUUGUAAGAAGCAAGACAAAAAAAAUAUAUAUAUUUUUUUGCUUGAAAAAAUAUUGUCUAAAGAAAAAAAUAGCAAAGAAAAUAUUUUACCGAGAAAAUAAAACAUUUUGGCGGGAAGAAUUUUUGGCGGGAACAAGGAGACUGACUGAGAAUUCCAGAUAGACCUGUACGACCACUGCAUCCUAACAGUCAGAAUGAUCCCUGCCAGUCAACCUCUCUACCAGUCAAUUCACCUUCCAGUCACUGAACCUGCCAGUCAUCUUAUCUUCCAGUCAGAUUAUAUACAAUGAACUCACCUACCAGUAAGCUUCUCUACCAGGAUACUCAUCUCCAGUCGACUCAUCUACCAGUCGACUCAUCUCCAGUCGACUCAUCUACCAGUCGACCCAUCUCCAGUCGACUCAUCUACCAGUCGACUCAUCUACCAGUCGACUCAUUUACCAGUCGACUCAUUUACUAGUUGACACACUUAUCAUUCGACUUAUCUACAAACUAAUUCAUCAAUCAAUUUAUUUAUCUACCGGUCCAUCAAUAUUAGUCUCCAAAUCACCAGUUAGCCAACACAAGAUGACCAGACCACUCACUUAACCUCACCGGGUAGCAAUUAACCCCCCGGGGCACCUUGAUCUUCUUGUCUAUUUGCUUCCCAAGAACUCAAUCACGACCGGUUAGUUAAGAGGCAAAUAGAGUAAAGGAUUCGAAUUCAAUCAUCAAUUCUCCUGAGGUAUCGAAGCUGAGGUAUCUCGUUAGUGAGGAUAACACGAUGUACAAAAUUUUCGUUCAACGUUAUCUCUUUCCUUCUCUCACAAACGUCUCCACAAAGUAAGUGUAGAUGGAAGAGAGAAGCUGUAACACGUAAUGAGUUUUGAUUUGAUGAAGAAACCACGAGUUAAUAUUUCAGAAUCAUGUAUUGUUACAAGUGACUUUAAACUUAAUUAUCAUUAAGUGGUGAUCCUCGACAAAUGCCAUCAAUUUUAAACAUGAGACAAGAUGUAAAAGUUACUCUAAAUGCAUACAGAAACUUGAUGUUGAUAACGAUUGUAAUGGCUAGUGUUGAAAUGUUCUCGGCGUGAUAACAAUAAGAGCAUCGGGUGACAGGAGACUUAUGGCUUCUGAAGAAAAUGAAUAUAACUUCCUGAAGCAGGGGGCAUUAAACCCUUCAGAACACGUGAGAGAAGACCGCGAGAAACAAGGAACAGACAAGGGAGGAGUAGGAAGGUGUGGAGGUGUGAGGUGCGAGUAUCUUCUUGUCAACACCCCAGGCAGGUCUUCCAGCAGCCCACCAAGAGUCAACAACACAGAGGAUGGAAGGAGUGGCCAGUCACCCCCCGGCCGUACUCACUCUGCGGCCAGUAGAAGAAAUAAUAAGCCGGUCUGUGAGGCCCUGGAGAGGAGUAACGCCAUCUUUGAAGCUCUUGACAAGAAGAAGAAGGAAAAGAAAGAUGAGGGGGACGAGGACGAGGAGGAAGAUGAGAAAAUUCAAGAGUCGUCUCAGCCAAUGUCCUUUGGGAGGCUUGGAAACUGUGUGGCCUCCAGUGCUCUCAUCACGAGGCCGGACAAUGAGGCCCUUGAGAAGAGUCACGUUAUCUUCUACUCUCCAGACAAGAAAAAGAAGAAGGUAGACGAGGAAGAAACUCAAUUGCCAUCUUCGAUUGUGCCGCCCGGGACUUCAAGAGACAUCCUGACGUCUAGCACAACUCCCUUCACGAGGCCUGUCUGUGAGGCUCUGGAGCAGACAAAGGCCGUCUUUGAAGCUCUUGAGAAAAAUAAAAAGAAACAAGAUCAGGCGUCAUCUCCGUCAGUGUCCCCAGGGAGUCCUGAGGAUACGGCAGCCUCCAGAGCCGCCAUCUGUACGAGGCCGAAGUAUCAGUACCUCCGAAGCGUAAGAGAGGUAGGCCCGCCUCUUACCAUUCCAAAAUGUGUAACAGUAGACCAGAUGAACUUGAUGUCAUCAGAUAAACCGACUGUAGAAAACUCGAAUUUGAGAAAUAAAUCAUCCGGGACAACUAAAGCAUCUGUGUCAGAUUUACGGCGUAAGAAUGAGAAAACAUUAAAUCCGUCAACAACAUCCCACAACGAUUACCCAAGGAAAAGUUCUACUUCUACGUCGUCUUCACCAACCUCUGAGAGAGACAAACUUGAGGCAAAUGGAGAAAAAGAUGAAGUGUCCAAAAAGAGAAAAAUGCAAAACAACAAAAAAUCUACCUUCCCUCCUACUGGAAUCCAAAUUGAAAAGACUGCCCAAAGAGUCGUGUCUUCCACAGAACAAAACUACGAGCACCGGGGGGGAGAGGGAGCCGCUUCUCUCCCGUCCACUAACUCGACGACUGAGGCUCCUGGGAAACAUACGAGACUCAUUACUUCACCGACACGCUCUCCUGCCCGUCACACAGUAAAGGAACGGAGGGAGAAACCUUGUGUUGCAGUUAAUGACGAUCCUCUUGAGGUUUUUGUACCGGAGGGAGACACGAACAACGUCAGCACGACCAACAUAAACAUGUGUGACUUUCUCAACAACAAAAACAACCACAACACCGCCACAACAAAUAACAACACUACCACUAUCAAGAUCGACAACAACCACAACCUUACAACCACAGCUAUAAAAAACAACCACAAUAACAACAGCACUGAUUCUACAUACACUCAAGACGAGAAAAUAAAGGCGCUGGAUGACUUUUCGUGUCGAUAUCUGAGUAAAGUUACUGGUGAAUCUGUUGGAGCUAAAAUUAUGACCUGUAGAUUCCUUAACAGCAGUAAUAGCAACUCACCUGUGUAUACAACUUCAAUAGGUAAAGAUGUCAACAGCAAGAACAACAAUUCGGCGGUAGAGAGUAAAUCCCCUAACAGUGGCAUCAGUAACUCAGUUUUCGAUACAAGUUCAACAGUUAAAUACGUCAACAGUAACAACGACAACUCGGCCGUAACAGUUGAAUAUUACAACAGUAACAUCGGUAACACAACUGCUUCUCCCUCAGGUAUGACGGGUCAAUAUCGCAUCAGUACAGACGUCAAUGCCUCGACCAUCAUAACCCCGGCGUGUGAAGUCAGAAGAUCCUCAGCCUCUCCUGCCCCCCAGACAACCCUACUUAUACACAGAGCUAAUAACAACAAUAACAACGAGACGCCAAAGUCACCUAUGAGUAUAAGAGGGAACAAGUUCACAGCGAGCAAAAACUUUAAUAUCAAACGUAAAGAAACCAAGGUUGAUGGGAGGUCGAACCGUCACCAUCCCGCCACGGAAAACAAAAAUCUUGAUCAUAACAAAAGGUUGGAAAAUAAGUCACGCCCUAAGAAACACACAGAGCAGUUAUCUCACGCCGGACUGAAUUCUCCACAUCUCACCAGAGAGAACAACAAUAACAACACCUUCAUAAUAGACCACAGCUCAGGAAGCAAUUAUGUUGGUAAGAACUCGUUAAUUCACCAGGUAGCUGUUGAUCUAAGGAAUAUCUCUGAAGGUAAUAGAGAAGCUCACGGGACAAUCUAUGGUGGUUUAUGCUCUCAGUCGUCAAAAGAAGACAAGACAAACGAUAACUAUCUAUCUCGUAAGAGCUCAGAGGAAAAAAAACAGGAUGAUAAUAAAAGUUGUGAAUCACCACAGGAUCUUUUCACCUCGCAAAUUAAGGACAAAAAGAUUCCUGUACGGUCUAGAAGCUCAAGACUUCAUCUCGACGCACCACCACAACACACACUGUCUAGUGACCACCGUGAGGACCAUACGAGGACCUCAGUAUCGUACAUGGACACGACUGAGAGUCCCAGACGUCCACACAAUAGCUCAGUGAAGGUUCCACUCACUCAACCUGCAACUGAGAGUUUGCAUAAAAUUUCAGAGAAUAAUAUCCAGCAGAAAGUUCCUCUCUGUGGAUAUCUAAAGGCAAGAGGAGGAGCAUACCAAACAGCGUCGGUUAGUGGGAGUUGUGAAUAUCUUAUGGAUCAUGAGGGAAGAGGUUCACUGUCGGUGCUUUCAACAGAUGAUAAUUCAUGGACAAGUAAGAAACACUCAACGAAGUCUCUUGAUAAAAGACCUGAAGACAGUGCAGGAACUGAAAGAUUCUACCAAUUUUCGAAGUGCUUGAAGGAUGAUGGCACUAACCAGUCGGUGUCCUCUGUUAGGACAGCUGACGUCACCAACCCCUCGUCCAUAUAUCUUCAGAAAUAUACUAAUAACAGUCGCUCAUCUUCCAGACAAGGCAAAGAACACUCCAUUAGGGACAGUGUCAAGAAUUCUCCCGCGAAUCUCGGUAAUGAUGAUUUAAAACACGAUGCUCUUAAGUCUUACAACCAAGGAUUAGUGAAGGGAUUCGUUAGUCCAUCAGACGGGGAAUAUAAUGACGUAACAAGAGUAAAGUCUUCCAGCCUCUCUUGUGAGUCCCAGAACAAGAAUAUGAAGAUUCCUACACAGUCUGUUGGAGCCCAUGGUAAACUCGACGCGAAAGAUAUUGUUUUCAGACCAGAUACCACACAACUCCCAAAAUUUACAUAUGAAAAUGUGAGAAAGCAACAUGACUCUGGCAUACACAUUUCUAGAAACGUUACACACAAUGCGUGGCGAAGCGACCGUUUUACAAACUCAUCCACGGGGUUGUCGGGCCAUGACGAGAUGUUGAACACAAGGUAUUUUAGCCUCGAUAAUUUACCAGUGAGCACAAGAGAGAACAAAUGUGUGAGAUCUGUUAGUGCUUGUGAAUCUAUUAGUGAUGGUAGGCGCGCUGCCCAUAAUCCCUUAAUUGCCUCAGCAGAAACAGUGAAACUUUCCCUCCAAAACUUUGAGAGAGAUACAGAGACGAGCAACAGUCCUCCUUCCACACCUUUGUCCCCAGGAAGAGUCAGUACACAGUUUAAGGUUUUGACGAAGACCAGAAGUCCUGUUAGUUGCUACUCGGCUAAGGACGAUGAAGACGACGACGAUUGCUCUGACAGUUCAGGCAGCGAAGCCCUCGAGAAGUACGACCGUAAUCUUGUAGCAUCGGUGAGCUCAGUGUCUGACAGUCCCAGAGCCAAUGAUUUGGACCUUGUGCCGCCCUCAGCAACACCCUGUCAACACGACGAAGAUAAUACAAGCGACGCUAAAGACGUUGAGAUGGAUGAUGUUAUUAAUGGUCCAUCUGUAAGACGCAGUCCUCAGUGUCUCACUCCAAAUGAAAAUGAGACAAAAUUUGAAAAAAUCAAAAGAGAAUUAAUGCAAAUAGAUAAGAAAACCGCGAAGAACUUUGUUCUGACUGCUGAUCAAAUGAAAACAGUCUUACAGAUUGAAAACAAUAUUUACAGAAUGGCGAACAUUAUAGCAGGUUCUGAGAAACUUAAAUCCAGACAUGGAAAUUACAUUCCUGGCUGUGACUUUUUGAGUGAACGUUUACAAGAGAAAGUGACAAACGUUUCUGAAAAUUUUCCUCCACGGUGUCAGUACACUGACGGAGAUGAUAAACGUUUUUCAAACUUUGGGAACCUAAGUUGUGAGUUCCUCAGUAAGAGUGAGAGUACAGCAGGUGUGUCACUUGUCAACACAAAGAGGAUCAUUCCCUCCUCUGAUCAUCCCAGUUGUGGCUUUCUCAAUAUCGAUGAAAGGCACGACCAGCGGCCUCCUGGUUUACUUAGUGGGGAUCUGUCAGCCAACGAGAUGCAACUUAAAGCUCAUGAAAACAGACACAUCGACGACACCAGCAUAAAGAACUUUCUGACAAUAUCAAGUUCAACCUCAGAAGAGCUUAGAAAAUCUGAACCUCAAUCACCCGCCACCCUGGUGGAGACAUCACCCAUUGCCAGGACUCGGUUGAACCAAAGACCCGUAGACACUCAAACUCCACAGUACCUCGCAGCAGACGGCGUUGUUUCCCCAAGGUCGUCAAAGACUCACCACCGGUCUUGUGGAUUCCUCUUGAGAGUACAAGAAGUCCUGCGCAAUCUGCCGGCGUCUGAACCUCCUGAAAAUGUGGGAGCCUCUCUCCUCCCUGCCUAAGCUUAUCAGUGAAUUUCUUGAGAUAUCCAGACAAUAUCGCAAAUCAAGGAGAAACAUUUUUAGUGUGUUGGCCAAACAACGUGACCUAAUGGAAGUAUUUAAAAUAGAUUUCUUAGCAAACUUAACCAACACGUCAUCCUGAACUAAUAACACUGAUGGCUAACGUAAUCCAUAACAACUGUUCACUGCCUUUCAUGGAAAACAUUGCCAAAAACAUGAUAGACAAAGAACUGUUUUUUACAUGCAUUAAAAUCGAACUUGAAAAAAAAAAUCCUCACGCACAAAAACACCUUUACGUGAGUCAGUAAAGGCGUGCAUUGGAAUUCUAUCAAGCAGAAUAUAACAAUUGAACGUGCUUUCAAUAAAUCCAAUACAUAUAUAUACUUUUGAUGAAUACUUAAUAUAUAUAUCUCUAAUUCUCAUCCUUUAUCAUCGUCUGUCUAAUUAUGAUGAAAUAAUCUGAUAUGUAUACCUAAUUAUGAGGACUCCAAUACAUUAUAUAUUUAACUCUAAUUAUGUAUUCGUUAUUUACAGUAUUUCUCUGUUAAUUUAUUAUAAUGCUGAAUUCAAUAACUCCAUUGCCCAACCCUGAACAAAUCAAUAACUUUAUCAAUACAAUUUUGAUGGGGAAUCAUAUAUACUGACCUAAUAAUGAAGAAUCCAAUGUUUGUUUGUCCAGUGUGUUUAUAUCUGUUUAGUGCUGAUGAAUACAAUAGAUCGUGUGUGUUAUUGUGGUGAAUACAAUAGAUUGUGUGUUAGUGGUGGUGAAUACAAUAGACUGUGUGCUAGUGGUGGUGAAUACAAUAGAUCGUGUGUUUAAUGGUGGUGAAUACAAUAGAUCUUGUGGUUUAUGAUGAUGAAUACAAUAGACUGUGUGCUAGUGGUGGUGAAUACAAUAGACUGUGUGUUAGUGGUGGUGAAUACAAUAGACUGUUUGUUUAGUGGUGGUGAAUACAAUAGACUGUGUGUUUAAUUGUGAUGAAUACACUAGAUCGUGUGUUUUAUUGUGGUGAAUACAAUAGAUCUUGUGGUUUAUGAUGAUGAAUACAAUAGACUGUGUGCUAGUGGUGGUGAAUACAAUAGACUGUGUGUUUAGUGGUGGUGAAUACAAUAGACUGUGUUUAGUGGUGGUGAA